GAAAUUUCCAAAGCAAUUUUUUUGCAGUGAAUUUAAAAAUUAAUUAAUUAAACUACUUAAAACCACUUAAAAAAUCAUAAUGAGUGUAUUAGAAAUUACUGAUGAUAGCCACUUUCAAGCUGAAUUACAAAACGCUUCAAUUAAGCUUGUAGUUGUUGAUUUUACCGCAGCCUGGUGUGGACCAUGUAAAGCUAUUGCACCAUUCUUUAAUUCAUUGCCAGCUAAAUAUCCGAAAGCAAUCUUUCUUAAAGUUGAUGUUGAUAAGUGCGGUGAAACAGCUGGAAUGCAAGGCGUAUCAGCAAUGCCUACCUUUGUAUUCUAUCGAAACAAGUCAAAGAUUGAUAGAAUUCAAGGAGCUGAUGUUAAUGCAUUAGAAGCUAAAAUUAAGCAUCAUUAUGGCGCGGAAGCUAGUAGCGGUGAAGAGGAACCAGAAUAUGGUCAAGGAUUAAUGGAUUUAACAACAUUCAUUAUGAAGAAUAUGUGUGAAUGUUUAAAUGAAAGCGAUGAUCAUACUUUUCAACAUUGCUUAGAUAGCGGAUUUUUAGCAUCCGAUUGCGACGAGCAGUUAAUUAUUUCGAUUACGUUUAAUCAAGCAGUCAAGAUUCAUUCUCUCAAGAUUAAAGCACCUGCGAAGGAAGGGCCAAAAACUGUUAAAUUAUUUAUAAAUCAGCCCAUAACGUUUGGCUUUGAUCAAGUUCCAGGAUUAGCUCAUCAGGAAGUCGAAUUUACGCCUAAAGAUUUAGAAGGAAAUUUAGUAAAUCUUCGCUUUGUGAAAUUUCAAAAUGUACAGAACAUAAUUCUCUUUAUUGAGGACAAUCAAGGAGGUGGUGAAAGGACUGUUAUUGAGGAAUUGAAAUUUAUUGGCGCGCCAAUUGCAACUACUAAAAUGGAUGACUUUAAGAGAAUUUCUGGAAAGAAAGGAGAAAGUCACUAGACAACAAACAUGUACUGCUACAUUUUAUAUUCAAUCUUUUCAUACAUACGAACUGCUGAAAAUCAUUAAAAUAAUAAUAAUAAUAAUAAGUAAUACAAGCGGAUAUAUUUAAUCUGAAAUAAUU